AUGACGCUGGGCUUUCGGCGCCUCAACGAGCGCCAAAAGCGUCCGAACGAGAACAUCGACUUCAUUAAGCCUGACCCUAAUGCAAGCGAGGAGGACCAGGCGAUCGCGCAGCACUUCUUGUCCAAGAUUGCCGCUCAAUGCUUCCCGGUGAUGAAAGAGGAUCACUUGUUCGUAAGGUCUCUCGAAGAGUACGCGCCUAAUCCAGAGUUCCUAGGGCGGAACUUCAAUGCUGGCGAGUGCAUACAGCUCGUAUUGAAGGAUAAGAAGGGGAGAUGGCUCGCCUUCAAAUAUGUGCAGAUGGUGAUGAUGCACGAGCUUGCUCAUUGUAAACAGAUGAAUCACUCUCGAUAUUUCUGGGCUGUGAGAAACCAGUACGCUGAGAUGAUGGAAGGGCUAUGGGCGAAGAAUUACCAGGGUGAAGGCAUGUGGGGUCGGGGCCAGGAUCUUACGAACGGGCAGUUUGUCAAUGACCGUAUGCCAGAAGACGUCGAUAUUCCUGAGCAUCUCUGUGGCGGCACAUACCGCAGAUCGAGAGGCAAAAAGAGGAAGAGGGGCGCAGAAGGCCCAGCGGACAGGCCGAGAUUGAGUUACGCGGAAAGGCAACAGAAGCGGAUCGCAAAGAAGUUCGGCAAGCACGGAGAAGGCUCAGCGCUCGGGGACGAUGAGCUAGUGCGUGGCGCCCUUGAUCGUACUUCUGGUAAGAGACACGCCGGCAAACCACGCGUGGCGAACAGCAAGCGUGGCCGCGAUUUGCGAGCCAGUGCUGCUCUGGCACGCUUCGAGGCGGCAAAGACUAAAACUGCGAUACCGCCAGAGCGGACACCAGAGCUGGACGAUGACGAUGACGAUGGCAGCGGCACGGACUCCGGCUGGUCAAGCGAUGAGGACGUCGUUUCCUCUGCGUCUAUCCUUCUCAGAAGGAAGGCUGGACAGAUUAACAAGAUUGAUGGCGAAACCUUGAUCAAAGUCUGCGGCGGUGAAGGCGAUCAAGAGGAUGGAGGCCAGGACGAGAUGGACGCCCUGCGUUUGCUGAGUGUCAAAGCUAGAACCCCGGUACGAGCACCCCUGUCAGACAGCUCCACUGUCAACGAUCCGAGGCCAAUGAUAGCGGACAGUGGUUCUGAUACUGAAAGUGAUACUGGACAAGAUGCUGUUGCGUUUGCAGAAGCCAAGCAGGAAACAAGUGUGUCACCGCCUGGGGCGGGUGCCCUCAACGACAACACAAUUUCAUCCUCUACCGACGUCCCUGCUUCUAGUGAAGUAGAUCGGCCAAACGGUACUAUCUGCCCAAUCUGCUCGCUUGAAAACGAUCUCGCGUCUCCGACUUGUAUUGCCUGCUCGCACGUACUCAAACUUGCACUGGUGAAGGACCACUGGAGCUGUAGAAGCGCGGCGUGUGUUGGGAGCAAGUACGUCAAUGCUGGAGAUUUCGGCCGCUGCGGAGUCUGUGGUGGCCAGAAGCCUGAUUCUCGUGCCGCUGAUGGGAAGCCUAUGGAAAUGACGACCAACGAUCUUUUACGCUGGGAUUGA